GGCAAAGAAACUAUGUCCACAACCACAAAUCUUCCCUAUCAUCUUGCUUCCAAAGACUUCUCAACAGAAAACAAAUUCACAUCCCAACUUUCCCAGAAAACAAUCUUAGAUCUCUUGAACACCAAAAGCAGCACUUCACUUCAUCAUCUCAAGCAAGUCCAUGCUGUGGCAUUAAGGACAGGCCAUUUUCAAGACCACUAUGUAUCUGGUACCUUAGUGAAAUGUUAUGCAAAUCCUCAUUUUAGCAACUUGAAUUUUGCCUUAAAGGUCUUUGAAUAUGUCCCAAACCCUAAUGUUUUUGUGUUUAACAUUAUCAUCAAAGGUUGUUUGCAGAACAAUGAGCCAUGUAAGGCCAUAUGGUGUUAUUACAACAUGAUGGCUGCACAUGCAAGGCCUAAUAAGUUUACUUAUCCGACAUUGUUUAAGGCUUGCACGGCUGCAGAAGCAGCUGAAGAAGGGGUGCAGGUGCAUGCUCAUGUGAUCAAACAAGGACUUAGUGGAGAUGUGCAUAUAAGAAGUGCUGGGAUCCAGAUGUAUGGAAGUUUUGGUGAAGUAGAGGGGGCAAGGAGAAUGCUAGGCGAGGAUGGGAACUCAGAUGUUAUUUGCUUUAACGCAAUGAUUGAUGGGUACUUGAAGUGUGGAGAGGUGGAAGCAGCUAAGGAAUUGUUUUGGAGCAUGGAGGAUAAGAAUGUUGGCUCUUGGAAUGUGAUGGUCAGUGGUAUGGCAAAAUGUGGCAUGAUUGAAGAAGCAAGAGAGUUGUUUAAUGAGAUGAAAGAAAAGAAUGAGAUUUCUUGGAGUGCUAUGAUUGAUGGUUAUAUCAAAGGAGGGUAUUACAAGGAAGCUUUGGAGGUUUUUAAUGUGAUGCAAAGAGAGGAAAUUAGGCCUAGGAAAUUUGUUUUGUCUAGUGUGCUAGCUGCUUGUGCUAAUUUGGGGGCUCUUGAUCAAGGAAGAUGGAUUCAUGCUUAUGUGAAUAAUAAUUCAAACUCAUUUGAUGCUGUUUUGGGUACUGCUUUGGUGGAUAUGUAUGCGAAAUGCGGGAGGCUUGAUAUGGCAUGGGAUGUUUUUGAGAAGAUGGAAAAGAAAGAGGUUUUCACUUGGAAUGCUAUGAUUUGUGGGCUAGGUAUGCAUGGUAGAGCAGAGGAUGCAAUUGAGCUUUUCUUUAAGAUGCAAAAACAGAAGUUUAGGCCAAAUGGGAUAACUCUUUUGGGUGUCCUAAGUGCUUGUGCUCAUUCAGGAAUGGUAGAUGAGGGUUUAAGGAUUUUUAAUUCCAUGGAGGAAGUGUAUGGUAUAGAGCCUGGGAUGGAGCAUUAUGGGUGUGUAGUUGAUCUCCUAGGAAGAGCAGGGCUCUUAGGAGAGGCAGAAGAGGUUAUGUAUUCAAUGCCAAUGGAACCCAGUGCUGCUGUUUGGGGAGCACUUUUAGGGGCUUGUAGGAAACAUGGAGAUGUAGAAUUAGGUGAGAGAGUAGGGAAGAUUUUACUAGAAUUGGAACCUCAAAAUAGUGGUAGAUAUGCUCUGUUAUCAAACAUCUAUGCAAGGGCUGGGAGAUGGGAUGAUGUAGCAAAUGUGAGGAAACUAAUGAAGGAAAGAGGAGUCAAGACCAGCACCGGAAUUAGCAUGAUUGACUUUGAUGGUGUUGUCCAUGAAUUCAAAAUGGGAGAUGGAUCGCAUCCGCAAAUGAAGAAUAUCUAUUUGAUGUUGAAAAAUAUGAUUAAGAGGCUAAAGAUGGAAGGUUUUUCACCAAAUACCUCUCAAGUUUUAUUUGAUAUUGAAGAGGAAGAGAAGGAAGCUGAACUGCAGUACCACAGUGAAAAACUUGCAAUUGCUUUCGGAUUGAUUAACACGAAACCAGGAACAACUAUCCAUGUAGUGAAGAAUUUAAGGAUGUGUGAGGACUGUCAUUCUGCCUUCAAGCUAAUCUCUCAAGUCUAUGAUCGGGAGAUAAUCGUGAGGGACCGCGCUCGCUACCAUCAUUUCAAGACUGGGACAUGUUCAUGCAAGGAUUUUUGGUGAGUUAUGAAAUGUCAGAAGCAUUCUUCGAGCAUCAAUGAGGAUAGGAAGCAUGUCCAGAACAGAAGUUGUGAUCCAAAGAGGGAAGUUAGCUGUCAUAGUUGUAAAUGGAGGUAGCAGUUCCAUAAUCCCGAUACAGGUUCAGAAAAGAUUACUAUUCUCAAGUUUUUUAAUCAAGCCCACCAAAUUUUAACAUAUUGAGUAGCAUUCUUGGAUAUGAUGAUUGCAUUGAAACACUCACAUUUUGAUAGAAAAGUAACUUGCUACAACCAGAAUAUUUUCUUCUCAAUUUGUCAGCAAGUUUAGGAGAAUGAAUGUUACUGCUGCAUAAUUUAAAAUCUAGUAUACUGGUUAUAGUGCAGGAAUUUGCUUGCAGGAGGCCUAUUGAACCUCCAGGUUUGACCAAGUGCUUAGAUGCAUUUUCAUUUUUUCAAGCUGUUCUUUAUCAAUCCUUGAAAGCUUGAACUAUAUCACACCAAGCACACUUGUCAUGGCUUUUAUUCAAAUAUAGUAUUAAGCACAAAAGCAUCAGCCUAAAGGCAAGACAACCAUGACAUGUAAAUACAAUGAAAGAGUAACAUGAGCACUCCGCAGUUCAAUACCAUAAAAGUACUUAGCUGUGUGGACUGCGCAUCUUAAUCUUCAGAGUGCCUAAUCCACACUAUAUGCUAUAAUUGCAUUGCUUUGGUUCAUAAUUGAUCAACAGCCUUUCUUAGGCUGACAAUCAUUGGUAAAGGCAUGGUGAGUUUCAGUAGAUGAUCCAGAAGGAUUUCCAUAGUUUCCAUAACUGCUGUUGGUCUCAUCAUCAGGACUGCCAUUGUUGUUACUAGUAGAAGGACUGCUAGUUGCAUUAUCAUUCUUGGUCUCCACCGCUCGCACUGAGCCUGUCACAGGAUAACCAUAGGUGCUUGCUUUUCCUUGUUGAUUAUUUGGCUUAAUAUCAGUUCCAGCAUCACCCUACUGCACAUUAGACAAAUGCUGAUUAUCAGUUUUUUCUGCAUUGAUCUCCUUCAAAACAAGCCUCUUAGCAUCAACUUGAAGAUGCAAGAAUGUCAGCCCUGGCACAAACAUGACAACAGUCGACUUCAUCAUCAACCUGGGAUUAUCUAAGUAUGCAAAGUAUUAAGAUUAAAAAAUAAUUUAUUUUAAACUGAAAUUAACUAAAAAAAGGUCUUUCUGACGAGUCCUUGUAUUCCUUUCUAGUUUGAUCAGUGGUUGAUUAACAUUGCUUCAAGGAAGCAAAUAUAUAGAAGAAAAACAGCUUUUGCAUAAUCAUGAUUAGUGGGAAACUAGGAUUAAAAUGUGAGCACUAUAAGUAUAAUGAAGUAAUGGAGUGAUUACAAAUUCACAAUAUUCUGGCCUUAUUGGAGUUUGCAUUGUAGGGCUCUACUAUUAAGUGCAGCACCAAAAAACACAGUUUACUGAACUGUGUAUUUACUAGCUAGCAGUAGCAUGAUUAUUGGUUGAUGGCAAAACAUUAAGAUCAUUAAGAAUUUGAAAAAUGAAAGCAUGCAGCCUGCAUAUGCUCUAGGUAAAUUGUAAUUAUGGGGUCAUAAAGUUGAUCUGAUUGCUAGGAUAAGUAAUCUGAUGGGUAAUAUGGAGCUGAAAAUUGACCUUUGCUUCUGUAAAUUUAGAGAAAUCAGGUUCUCAAACUGAAGUGGACCUGUUUUGGGCUAUCUAUGAUCAUCCUAGGCUACAACCCAAGUCACCAAAUAAGUACUGGGCUAACCCUAGCAUGAACCUCUUAAUCAGUCCUUAAUCCAUACCAUUAAAACAGAGUCGUCACAAAAUGAGAUUAUCUUGUGGUAGUUUCUGUUUGGUACGGUGAUACUUUUUAUUUUUUUAAUUAUAUAAAAAAAUUAUUUGGUUAGUUAAAUAACAUGUCUUUACACUGUGUCUUGUAUAAAAUUAUGUUUCAAAUCUUAAUUUUGUAAAAAUUAACAUAAUUUGUUUUUCAUUCAUGGGAACAUGUUUUUUUAUUUAUUUUAUAUGUAAAAAUCCUCUUAAUCUAUUUUUUUAACGACAAAAACUUCGAUAAUACAAAAGGCACCUCAUUAUUCAAUGCCCCGCAAAUAAACUAAAAAUAAUAAUCAAAACCAUUUCUCCACAACUAAAAAAAAGGCUUAAACCAAAACUCAUUCUCCUCUCUCAAUUGCCCCCAAAUUUCCCUUCACGAUAAUUAACUCCAAAAAUGACCAAUUUGUCAAUAUAUACAAUAUCAUGGACCAAUUUUGUCCAAACAAAAUCCAGUAUAACUAUUAAAAUAAAACAGACCACCUAGUACAUGCCACUCAAAAUCAAGAUCAGUUUAACUACCAAAAAUAUUAAAAAAAAAAAAAAGAGAAGGCCAAGUCAUGACCAUGAAACUACUAUCCCCUUCUUCUGCAUCAAACCCCAGAUGGGCUAAAUCUCUCUUCCUUCACUUAUAAUCCAAAAGGGUCAGAACCCAUCUCAAACUCUACCAACUUUUUCAAUGGAGGUCAAAAAAUUUAUUCUUUAAUAGAAAAAUGGUAGUGAAGGCACGUAUGAAGGUGGAGCAUAAGAAUGAAACUGAAGUAAAAUGAACUGAGUGGGGUAAGGUAUCUGCUGUGCCUUUUGAUAUGGAUGGAGUGUUGUUCAAUAGUGAAGAGCCUUUAAGAAUGGCAGGUGUUGAUAUUUUUGCUGAGAUGGGAGUUGAAGUUACAGUGGAGGAUUUUGUGCCAUUCAUGGGCACGGGUAAUAUAUAUUUGGUUCUUCAGUUUGAGAUUUUGUGCUUUGAUACAGUGAUUAUUUCUUGUUAGAUAAUAAGUGAUUGGAUAUUUGGUUUCAAUUAGCGAGAAUUUCAAUGUUAGCAAUUCUUUUUUGUUUCUUGAAAAGAAUCCAAAUGAUGUCAUUUGAUAUUUAGAGGACUUGUUGUAUAAUGUUGUCAAUGGUUCUGUUUUUAUUUUCUGGAAUUUGGUGUUUGAGUGACAGAAAUUUGAUUGUUUGAGAUGGAAAUUUGAUGGGAAGGAGCUGCAGUUUUACUGCUGAGUUUAUUCAAUGUAUUAGUGAAGCAAACUACCUACGAGGUGUUGCAAAUGUAAAGGGUGUUAAGGGAUUCGGUCCUGAUCGAGGCGGAAAAGAAAUGGUUCUGUGAGAUAUAUCUAGAUAAGGUUUGAUUAGUGUGAAAGAUUAUAUAUCCGAGUUUGUAAUGCAGUGUGAGUUUGUUUUGUGAUGCCCAAAGUCCUUUCACACAUUGCAGUAUGCAAAACCGAAUCCCGGAAUUGGAUUUCCAGGUGCCCUUGAACUCAUCACUCAGGUAUGAAACUGCAACAAUCCAGAAUUUGAAUAAUGAGAUUGUGUUGAGGCUACAUUAGCAUAGUGCCUCCUGUAUGACAGUGUAAAAACAAAGGCCUGAAAGUUGCUAUUGCAUCUAAUGCUGAUCACGUAUCAAAGUGGAUGCUAAUUUAGCUGCUGCUGGCUUACCAGUAUCAAUAAUUGUAUAAUGUUGAGUGUGGAGACAAACUCACACAAUCCUAGCUUUGAUGGGAUGGAGACAAGGCUUGAAGAAAGGAGUUAACAAAGGGCUAAAAUCAUGGCUGCAAAUCAAAGGAGGAUUUGUGGUGAUUUUUUGGGAGAAAUCAUGGAUGAAAAUGGGAUGCGUGUUCCCCCAUUUUCAACUAUAAAUUGGCACCAUAUGUAUGAGCAAAGUAGAGCCAAUUGAGAGGAGAAACAGAGAGCUAGAGAGAGCUGCCUUGGCAGCAGCUUGUAGUGGCAAGCUGAGUGAGAGAGAUGGGAGUGGAGUUGAGUUGAGUUUCUUUCUCCUCCGUUGUUGUGUAGUUGUAGCUUUCUCUAUACCUAAUAAUAUUGGCUUCUCUGUGGAUGCAGCCAAGUGUCCAAACCAAGUUAAAAUAUUGUAUUCAGCCUCUGGGCGAAGAUCAAAUCGAUCCUAACAAAUAAGUGGGGAGACUUAUUGUAGCUGAUACGAACAACAGUCUAAUCAGGUAUCUGGACUUGAACAUGGAACAAGCUGAACUUCAAACUUUGGAGCUGAAAGGAGUAAAUCCGAAUCCUUGAAGCGUCACAGGAAUCAAUCAUCAGCUGACACAGAGACAAUUGAAGUUGAUGGUGGUUCAUCCAGUGAGGGCAACCUGUCUCAAAAUAUCAUUACCUGAAGAGUACCAUUUCUCAAAGUGCUGAUCGAUCCCUCUUGAAGGUGAGUUAUCUAGGUUCAGAAGGAACUGCAAGCCUUGAUUUCAGAAGAUCCACUGCCUCUUCUUCAAUAGGAAGAAUAGCAGGGCUCACUAUUGUAAGCAAGAUGUGGUCUGCUUAUAUCAAUCACUUGUCUGAGAUACCAUUCCAAGAAGAAGUUUCAGACUCUACUGGUCUACCCCAUCAGAAAUCACACUUGCAUAUCUUGUGAAGCCCAAAUCUUCACCGAACAACUUGCAGCUACCAGUUACCAGCUGACAGCAUUCUCAUGCACAUGCAUUGUAAGAUUUUUUUGGUACAAUUUUGUGAUAUAUUUUCCAUGAAACAUGGAAGUUGAUUGGAUGAAGCAGUUUAUCUCAGUAAAUCAAAGAAAAUGACAUUUUCAUUGGAUUCGAAGAUGUCAAUGGAUUGUCACAUGUAAAUGUUUGACAUUUUGGAAGAGAGAACAUCGAUGUAGAGAACAGAUAUCAUUGCUUUUUUUAUUGAGUUUCUUUUUCCAACCUUCA